CGCUGCCGCCAUGGCCCAGCCCGGGAGACCCCCCGCCGCCUCCGGGCACAGCAGCCAGAACGGGGCUGGAGGGGAACGCUACAGCAACGGUCCUGUGCAAAACUCACUGAUGCAUUCAUCACAAAUGUUAGAUGGCCAAGGAUUCAGCUCUACAGUUCCAGGAUUAUACUCGCAUCAGAUACCAACAAAGGUUCCUGUACAUCCAUCUUCUGGACAAUAUAACUUUGGUGGUUCUCAGAAUGUUUCUCCAUUAAGUAAUCAGGGAUCUGGGCAGACUCUUAAUAGACCACCUGUGGGACCUAUUUCUAUGGCACCUUUGCAACAUGCAAGUUCUGUUCCCCAGAUGCUCCCUCCAUCACAAAACUCUGCUGCUAUACCAUCAUCUUCUAGUAGCUUCGUUCCUGGAGCUUAUCCCCCAGCACUUUCAAACUGGCAGUAUGGUCAGACUCCUAUGAGUCAGCCAACUGGGUCUCAAACAAACCAUUUUGCUCAUGUAGCAGGAACAUUAUCAACCCAGCCAUUAUCAUCAUCAGGGAGCAUAAAUCCUGCAACAAGCUAUCAGUAUACUGUUUCCCCUGGAGGUCCUCCACUUCAAAACAACUACAUGAAACCAGGCUCUGUUCCUCCACCAGUAAAUCGGCCUUUAGCUUCAGCAUUCCCUCCUGCUAGACCUCCUCUAGGACCGCCUCCGGCUGGAGGUCCACCUUUAGUGAGGCCAUCAGCAACCCCAGUAGGACCGCCUAACAGCUCUCUACCCCAACCUCUGCUAAAUUCAGCUACAAACCAAGAAGGUGAUGCAACAGCCGCUGCCAGUGAUGGAUCUUUGGUCCAAAACAGUUACGAUGCAAUAGAAGGAGGAGGCUUCAUGGCAACCACGUAUCCAUCUCCUGCUCCCCAGAAUCUUAAAAUGGGUAGAAAUGUUGGGUAUUCUUAUCCCACCUUACCACCAGGCUACCAGAAUUCAUCUUCACCUGGAGCACCAGGAAUGCAGUCCUCACCCCUGCAAUAUCCAGCUGGACCACAACCAUUUCCUCAGCCUGCCUUGGGCACUAAUCACAUAACUGGGUCUAUGGGUGGCCUGAGUCUGCAACCAGAAGGAUUAAGAUCUAUCAACCUUCUUCAAGAAAGAAAUAUUCUUCCUACAACACCUUUGCAGGCUCCUGUCCCAAACUUGCAUGAAGAAAUCCAGAAGCUCAACUGUAAUCCAGAGUUGUUCCGAUGUACCCUGACUAACAUUCCUCAAACUCAGGCCUUAUUGAAUAAAGCCAAACUUCCUUUGGGGCUCCUGCUUCAUCCUUUCAAAGACCUAUCGCAAUUACCUGUGGUCACCUCCAGUACAAUUGUGAGAUGUCGUUCCUGCAGGACAUAUAUUAACCCUUUUGUCAGCUUUCUAGACCAAAGGAGAUGGAAGUGCAACUUGUGUUAUAGAGUGAAUGAUGUUCCUGAAGAAUUCAUGUACAAUCCUGUGACAAGAGUAUAUGGAGAACCUCAUAAAAGACCUGAAGUUCAAAAUGCUACUAUUGAGUUCAUGGCUCCCUCCGAAUACAUGCUACGUCCACCUCAACCUCCUGUGUAUCUCUUUGUGUUUGAUGUCUCCCACAAUGCAAUAGAAACAGGAUACUUGAAUACAGUCUGCAAGACCUUAUUAGACAAUCUUGACUUGCUUCCUGGGAACACUAGAACAAAAAUAGGCUUUAUAACAUUUGACAGCACAAUCCAUUUCUACAGUCUUCAGGAAGGUCUCUCUCAGCCUCAGAUGCUAAUAGUUUCAGAUAUUGAAGAUGUGUUUAUACCAAUGCCAGAGAACUUAUUAGUAAACUUAAAUGAAAACAAAGAGCUAAUUCAAGAUUUACUGAGGACCUUGCCACAGAUGUUUACCAAAUCCCUGGAAACACAGAGUGCUCUAGGACCUGCGCUGCAGGCCGCCUUCAAACUGAUGUCUCCCACUGGUGGUCGAAUUUCAGUCUUCCAGACACAGCUUCCAUCUGUAGGAGUGGGAUCACUGAAAUCCCGAGAAGAACCUAACCAAAGAGCAUCUGCAAAGGACAUACAUCUUACACCAUCCACUGACUUCUAUAAGAAGUUAGCCUUGGACUGUUCAGGGCAGCAGGUUGCAGUUGACUUGUUCCUUCUUAGUGGGCAGUAUUCUGACUUGGCUUCAUUAGGCUGUAUAUCGAGGUAUUCAGCAGGAAGUGUGUACUACUAUCAAUCUUACCAUCAUCAGCACAACCCUGUCCAGGUGGAGAAAUUACAGAAAGAGCUGAAACGAUACUUAACUAGAAAGAUUGGCUUUGAGGCCGUCAUGAGGAUAAGAUGCACCAAAGGUCUUUCCAUUCAUACCUUCCAUGGGAACUUCUUUGUGCGAUCAACAGACUUGUUGUCUUUACCCAAUGUAAACCCGGAUGCAGGAUAUGCUGUACAAAUGUCAGUAGAGGAAAGUCUCACUGACAUGCCAGUUGUUUCUUUUCAGUCAGCACUACUGUACACAUCCAGCAAAGGUGAAAGAAGGAUUCGAGUCCACACUAUGUGUUUACCUGUUGUUACAACUCUGAAUGAUGUCUAUCUGGGGGCUGACGUACAAGCUAUUACAGGGUUAUUAGCCAAUAUGGCUGUGGACCGGUCAGUUUCUGCUAGUUUAAGUGAUGCUCGGGAUGCCUUGGUGAAUGCUGUAAUCGAUUCACUAUCAGCUUACCGCUCUUCAGUCCUAAGCAUUCAGCAGCCUGGUCUGAUGGCUUCCUAUUCCCUACGACUCUUUCCACUUCAUGUACUGGCUCUCUUAAAACAAAAAGCAUUCCAGACUGGGACAAAUAUCCGUUUAGAUGAGCGUAUUUUUACUAUGUGUCAAGUGAAAAACCAGCCCCUAAUUUUCCUCAUGCUUAUGACCCAUCCCAAUCUGUACAGAGUUGACAAUCUCACAGAUGAGGGAGCCCUCAACAUCAAUGAUAGAACAAUACCUCAGCCACCCAUUCUCCAGCUGUCCGUGGAGAAGUUGAGUAGGGAUGGUGCUUAUCUUAUGGAUGCUGGCUCUGUAAUGUUUAUGUGGAUUGGAAAGAAUUGUGGACAGAAUUUUAUCAGCCAAGUCCUUGGAGUUCCAAGUUAUGUAUCAAUACCACAGAAUAUGACGCAUCUUCCAGAACUUGAAACAGCUGAAUCUACCAGAAUAAUAGCUUUUAUCUCUUGGCUGAGAGAGCAAAGGCCAUUCUUCCCUAUACUGUAUAUAAUAAGGGAUGAAAGUCCACUGAAAUCAAGUUUCCUACAGAACAUGAUAGAAGACAGAACAGAAUCUGCCUUAUCAUACUAUGAGUUCCUCUUGCAUAUACAGCAGCAAGUGAAUAAAUGA